AGCUGCGGACAUUUUUUUGAGUAGCUGCCUGACCGCCGGAGGCACCAACGCAAUCUUCACCGCGUAAUGUUGUGAAUGAGGGAGAGAUGACGUCAGUGCGCGAAUGUCAACAAUGUAGCGAUUGAGAGUAGGCGUUCCAUUCGAGUGUAACAAACAGCGGAGACGGAGCAGCACGCUGAACUGGAUCAUCACACACAUUGACAUUAGCUGGACAAGAACAACAGUUUUAUAACCACAAACUUCCUUUCCCCCUCCAAAAAAAAAAAGCGAAAUAGCUGCACAGUGUAUCGCAAACGUGAUUUCCCUGCAGCCCGGGGGCUUUAGGAAACUGCAAGGAAGUCAUCAUGUGAAAAACAUUUAUUUGGUAAACGGACAAAAGGGCUGGAUUACAAGGGGAAAAAAACGAAAGUUUAAGGGUGUGAGCGGAAUGUCCGUGGAUGAAAAGCCUGAAGCCCCGAUGUACGUGUAUGAGUCGACGGUUCAUUGUACCAAUAUCCUCCUGUGCCUGAACGACCAGCGCAAGCAGGACAUCCUGUGCGAUGUGACCGUCCUGGUGGAGGGGAAGGAGUUCCGCGGCCACAGGGCCGUGCUGGCCGCCUGCAGCGAGUACUUCCUCCAGGCGCUGCUGGGACAAGCCGACAAUGACCUGGUGCUCAGCCUGCCAGAGGAGGUCACUGCCAGGGGAUUCGCCCCUUUGUUGCAGUUUGCCUACACUGCUAAGCUGUUACUCAGCAGAGAAAACAUCCAGGAGGUCAUCCGCUGUGCCGAAUUCCUGCGCAUGCACAACCUGGAGGACUCCUGCUUUCGCUUCCUGGAGGCCCAGCUGCGGAGCGAGGAGAACGACGUGCUGCUCUGCCGCAAGGCGGCGCCCGAGGGGGACCGCUCCGAGGACGAGAGCAUGCAGUCCGAGUCCUCGCCGUCGUCCAAGGCCGGCGCCGUGUCCACGUCCCCGAGGUCCCCGCGUUCGCGGCGGCGCGGCGAGGCCCUGAACUCCCUGCGGCGGCCAGACGAGGACGGGCUGGUGGCGGCAGCGACGGUCGACGAGGACUACGCCGACGGGCGACUUGACUUUGACAGGCACCACGGCUCCUCGGACCUCCCGCGUUGCCCCAAGUAUAGGAAGUACCAGUGGGCCUGCAACAAGCACAAUAACGACACCUCCUCAUCACACACCAGUACCUCAGGUUUUCCAAGCACAUUCAAGGAGAGCAGCAGCGGGAGCAGCUCGAUCCGGCCGACUGUAACGGAGAUAAAGGUGGAGCCGCGGGGGGAAGAGGAGGUGACUGCCCUGUGCUUGUCUGGUGACGAGCAGGAGCAGGAGCAGGAGCAGGAGCAGGAGCAGAAGCAGGAGCAGGAGCAGAAGAAGGAGCAAGAGCAGGAGCAGGAGCAGGAGGAGGGGGAGCGCGACGGCUCGGCGGAGAUGGAGCUGGACGGCCAGGGGCACAGUCCCAUGGCCGUCGACCGACCCAAGAGCAGCAAGUCCCCCACGUGCAUUCGUUCUCUCUUCAAGAGGAGCGUGGACCUGCCUGGUCUGCCCAACACUUCCCAGCAGCUAUUCACCAACAGACUUGUCUGUGCCCAAGACAAAGAAACCACUCAGGGAGACCACAAAAAUGAGUACAGGCCUUUCACGGAGGGGGAGCAGGAUGUGCCUGUCGCCGCGCAGAACGAGGUGGAUGGUUUCCCGGCGGGGCUGUCGUUGAAGUCGGCCUCCUGCGACGGAGUCUGCAAGCAGGAGACGGAGCUGGACCGCCGCAGUGUCAUCUUCUCGUCCUCAGGUGCCUGCGAGCGGCUGGUGGCCCCGGCGCACUCCUACCCAGGGGGCAACUCGCUGGAGAAGGAGCUCUCUCUCUCGGAGCUCACACCAAAGGGCCUGUGGGCGGGGGCCAGCCAGUCGCUCCCCAGCUCCCAGAGCUGCGCCUCCUCGGCCGAGCCCCCGCCACUGCUGCCGUGUCGCCCGCGGCCCAUCACCAGCUGCCCCGUGCCAAUCAAAGUGUGCCCGCGCUCGCCCCCUCCGGAGACCCGCACCCGCACCUCCAGCUCCUGCUCGUCCUACUCGUACGCGGAGGACGGCAGCGGGGGCUCCCCCUGCAGCAGCCUGCCCCAGUUUGAGUUCUCCUCCUCGCCCUGCUCCAACGUCACCCGCUGCCUGACGGCCGACCAGCCCGAGGCCAGCGCCGGCGCCGAGGCGCUCUUCGGUCCGGUGCGGCCCAAGAUCAAGUGCGAGCAGUCGUACGGCACCAACUCCAGCGACGAGUCGGGCUCCUUCUCCGAGGGAGACAGCGAAUCCUGCCAUGUCCAGGAGCAAGGACCGGAGAUCAAGCUUCCCUUCCCUGUCGAUCAAAUCACAAAUCUUCCAAGGAAUGACUUCCAAAUGAUGGUAAAAAUGCACAAACUGACCUCAGAGCAGCUGGAGUUCAUCCACGACGUCCGGCGCCGGAGCAAGAACCGUAUUGCAGCACAGCGCUGCCGAAAGAGGAAACUGGACUGCAUCUUAAACUUGGAGUGCGAAAUUCGUAAACUGGUCAAUGAGAAGGACAAGCUGCUGACGGAGAGGAACCAGCUGAAGGCCUGCAUGGGAGAGCUGUGGGAGAACUUCUCCUGCCUCUCUCAGGAAGUCUACAAGGACGUGCAGCUGAGCCCCGAGCAGGUACACCGCUACUGCCCUGUGCUACGGUCUGGCAAUGCCACGCCCACGUCCAACUCCACCCCCAACCCCAACAGCACUGCCAGCAACAGCACCACCACCGCCGCCACCACACCCACUGGCCCAGCCUCUACUGCCGGCGUCUCCACCAGCAUCGACCUCACCACCAACUCCCGCUCCACCACACCUGAGCUCCAGUUCCACAAGUCACCGGGGCCCUCGGAAGGCGAGCCAGGCACGGGCCAGUGGAGUCUGGGGGCCGGCAACGGUGCGGAGGGGAUGGUUGGGAACGGGAGGAAGGGUCCAGACUCCAUCGCCAAGACAGCCGCAGCCUUCCACGAGUCAGGGUUGUCCGCGUUGGAACAGUGCAACCAGACGGUGACAGUAGAUUUCUGUCAAGAAAUGACUGAUAAAUGUACCACCGAAGAACAGCCCAGGAAAGACUCUUCCUAGUGCUGGUGGUUAUCUGUCGUUUGUUUUGUUUUGUUUUGUUAAUUUUUUUUUAUUUAGUUAAAUGAAUUUUUGACACACCCUUUCGGAAUAGGGUUGUUACAGUGGUCAGCCUCUGCCAGUGUUCUUAUUUGAAACAUUUAUUUUGUUUUGUUAGUAUUUAUGUCUUUUAUUGUCUUUGAAAGGUUGACACUACAGUUGUCUUAACUGCAGCAAUACUGUUGUCCAGGUUUUCUCUAUUCUAACCAUGACAGAAUGGUUGUGAAUUCUCACCCAGCUCUCACAACGGUGCUACACCUUUCCCCGCCAAUGACCUCUGCAGUGGCAAUGCUGCUCUCGAUGUAUUACAGUCCAUUCAAAGCAGGGAUGGGCACAGACCGCAUCUCAAACACAAACCUCUAUGGACCUAGCAGCCGCUGUCUUCUUCUCUCUCCGUCUAUCCCUCUAUCUCUCUCCCUCUCUCUAUCUCUCUCUAUCUAUCUAUCUCUCUCUCUAUCCAUCUUUCUCAUGUUCUGUCUUCCCCUCCUCUCUUCUGUCUUCCCUCGUCUCUCUCUUUGAUGUUCUCAUUCUCUCGGUGGCCCCUCGUCACACAAUUCAAACUCAGGAAAGUAUUCUGAAUGUUCAAUAUUAUUCAUGAAAAUAAGGAUACAGAUUCUGUACAUGAAAGAUUCUUUUUACAGCAGCUCAGCUGUAAAUGUUCAUAUGCAAAAAACGUCUUCUGCGUCGCUCAUUUGUACUGUUUCUGUACUGCUACACUUUGAUGUACAGAUGGUUGUAUCUAAACAUUCCUCCUUUGCCUUCUACAGCACUGAAAUGAACUAAAAGACUCAAAAAGACAGAAACAGAAAGAUUUGACAUGUGGUUUAAUAGCUAUGUCCCUACACAUCAGCAAUACCCUUGUAUUUGGAUGUUUUUAAUGGUAAUAAGUGUAUAAGUGCUUGCUUAGCAGAAAGUGUCAUGUAUAUAGUAUGGAGCAUGGUGGCUGUCAGUAAUGUUGUACAGGUCAAGGUUUAGCUGUUUUGUUUCUCUCUGGGGUUAUAUCAAGCACCUUUUUACCAAGGGAAAUCAUUUUGCUCUGCUGUUUCCUGUCUAAAGUAAAAUCCCCAUGAAGGUGGGUGCUCUUAAACUCAGGAAAUCAGCCUGUCACAAGCAUGCACUCAAGUGCACCCACACAUGUAUUUACACACACACACACACACACACACACACACACACACACACACACACACACACACACACACACACACACACACACACACACACACACACACAUACACACACAUACACACACACUGUCACCACCACUGCAACCACAUGCACAUACCCCCCCCAUGCUCACACACAUUUAAAUUGUCAGGCCCCUUGGAGGUUGAUGAGGACUGUGUAAAAAGUGUGUAUAUAAUCCGUGACUCAGGCGGUAUAGGUCUAAACCUGGCUGACAACAACCUCUUUAAAUGUGAAGAGUCACAGCCUUUCUGUGUUUUUAUCAGUAUUUAAAGAUUUAAUAGUGAAACUCUCAGCCACUUUUUUACUUUAUUUCUUCAGUGUUAUGUUUUGAUGUUGGUCGUGGAUACCUUGUAUCUAGCAGAGGGACGUAUAGUUUGAUAUACACAGUUAAAAAGACUCACAACGUUUAAAUAGUUGUGUGAGACACUUCCUUUAUUGAUUGUUCUUAGUCCUGCCACUCUUCAGCAUCAGGCAUCGCACUCAAACCUGCUAGCACUUCACACAGGGCCAUCUCACUUUCAGGACCCUGAGAAAGUCUGAAAAAGCAGCACUUACAUUGGCACUUAAAAGUGCUCCUCGAAAACAAACUAUUUAAAUUAGUAAUAAUAAUAGACUAGCGUAAUUUUCAAAAAUACAACCAGGUCUAUAAUAAGAGAAAAGGAAUGCAAACACAAUAUGAGGGAGCGUUCGAAUCAUGUUUUUUUUUUUUAUAAUAAUCUAAUAAGCUAAUGGAGAAUUCUACAUGAAACCAUACACAACUGAAGGUGGAUGGAGUGUGACAGUCCUAUGUUUGCCCUUAUUGUACAUUUAGUAGAGAUCUAUUUCCAGUGGGAUUGCAUGCUGCUUGUAUAUUUUAUAUAGUUUGUCUUGUUUCCUUUUGCCUCUGGAUGUAGGUAGUUUUCAGCUAAUUCUCUUUAUCCCGAUUGACCUCUUCUUCAAUGAUCAAAGACCAUUCGUCCUCAAAGCCUAUUUGUUCAACAAUAACUUGCAUUAUCAGGCGAAUCUUAGUUAAACUCCCCGACACAAAUGUGCACAAAUGCAAUGCCCUUUUACAGUAACAGUAUUUCUCAAUGCAGGUGCAUGUAAUUAUGAUUACUGUAUGUGCCAAUGAACACACACCCCUGCUGAUACAACUCCGCUAGACCCUCUCAGUGUUGACGAAGUAAAAAAAUGCUUGAGCUUUUAACCCCAAGAGCUUUUUUUGAAAUAGCAGUAGUUGGUUGAGUAUGUACAUCUGUUGGUGUGUAUUUGUUAAUCAGACAGUCCAAAGAAUUUUCCUUGGACCCCCACCUUAACUAAAUGAUCCCCUAACACAUGCACGUGCACACACGUUCAUGACGUGCUCACACACACAGACACACACACAAAAACAUGCACACAAUCACUCAUUAAAAUACAUGUUGGACAAAAUCUGCUCAGUUAGAGAGUUGAAGUCUAGAGCUAUUGUAAUUGCUAGUAAUAAUUGUUGUUUUCAGUGUGGUUCUUAUUUUUCUCUUCUGCUUUUCUUGGUGUAAGAUUCUCUUUAUACCAUUACAAUGUAAAAUAUAUACCAUUCAGAAGAACUGUACACAGGUACCAAACAAAGAAUUCAAGCUAGAUGGGUCCAAGUGGACACUGGUGUAAACAUAUGCAAGUCAUCCCUAUAAAGUUACCUUUUAGUUUAUUGUACAAAGGAAAUGUGGGCGAGCCAGCUCCACAAGACAAGCACACAAUGAGUACCUUUUGGAAUAUGUCUAUGUCUACCUUACAGUUUGGAUGGAAAAUGUGACUUUUCGAAAAAGAAAAGUAUGUCUUGCAUAAACAACAGAAAAAAAUCUGAAAUUAUAUGUUCUCCUAUUAGAGCUCAAUUGUUUGCGUUAUUUGGUGCAUCACUUUUUGUUGGAUUGUAUCUCAUGCUUUUCUCUGUUGUUUUUGCUCUGUUGAAUGUGCUGCUGAGCACAACACACAAGCUAAUGAUUAGCGCAUGUGGAUUCAGGACGCUUAGACUGUAGCCGCCACAGCAUGCCUGUCCUUAGUCUGUCUCCGUGGUGAUGGGGUGAUCCUCUUCUCAUGGGCCAUCAGAAUCCCCAUGCAUCAAAUAAGCUUUCUUUUGCAAUCAUUUCAGUCACUCAUAAACUAACUCAAGUCAACUCACCAAGGUUUUUUUUUAUCACAAUCACAGUUGCUCUUGUAAAUUGUCUCAGGGUGCCAACCGGUUCUUCUCUCUCCGUUCAGAUGCUAGAUCAGAGUCUGUAUGCUAGAAGCUAGUUUGUGUUGUUUUGUUUCUAUGUUUAUGACUUUUUAAAAUACUUGCUUUGUCUCUGUAUAUAGAUUUCUGAGAAGCUUUUUUUGUUUAAGUAUCUUCAAUGCAAAACACAACCCUUUUUUUAAAGUUAAAACCUCAAGAAGGGCUGGAGACUCUUUACAUCUUUUGGGAUAUUUCACUUAAUAAUGAAAUGUUUUCUAUUAUAAUUGACAGAAGCUAAGCUUUUUAACCUCACAAUUUGGCUGGACUAUAGGAAAUGCAUUGUAGACCAAUCACUUUCUCAUAUGGAUUAACGGUUUCUGUAUUCGACCAAGGUUCAUGGUCUGUGUUGGAAAGUAAAAGUACAAAGAUGUACAAAGCCCUCUAACAUUUUUUUACAAGCUUUUAAUAUCAAUGUAAAUCUGUUUGUUUGUUUUUGGCUGCUUCUCUGAAACAUUUACACUGGCUCUCCAAAGGUUCCUCUUUACACAGAUGAUGAAAUCUUGCCUUUUACACAAUUUGCUCAACUUUAUAAGAUGAUGGUAUCCAGACUGAAUACAAAGGAGAUCAUUUUGAGAAGUAAAAGAAAAGCAAAAUGUUUACAAAAAGGUGUCACUUCAUGUUUAUGGAAUUUUCCAUGUAUAUAGAAAAGGCUAUAGCUUCAAUUUGAUGGAUAGGGUAGUGGGGUUUUUCACAUUUUCAAAUGAGAAAUGAGAAAUGAAAUGAAAGAAAAAAAACCCGUUGAUAACUAUGCGUUCCCUCAAGUCAUCUUCUCAACUAAUAGGGAUGGUUCAGAGUUACAUGGAUACAAGUGCACCUCCAAUAUUUGCCUUAGAACUUGCAGAGGCCAUAGUUCACAUUCAAGUGAAGUGAGUGUAUGCAGGGCCUUGGGCCCCCUCCCCCGGGUCUACAGAGCGGACUUUGUCACACUUAUCUACCUGUGAAAUCCUUCAUACCUCUCAUAACUGGUCAAUGACUGUAUCAGCAAACUGCAUCAGGUGUUUUUCUACAUGCUUUUUACACAAAUUAUAUGGAUUAUUGUCUUAGGUAGGUUUUGGUGCAUCAUUUUUAAUGUAAUAGCUCUUCGGCACGUAGUCACAGUUGUUUUAUUCUCUCGUUUUUCUAGGAGACUGUUUUGUGUUAAUAUUGUCAAUUUGAGAUAGCUGUAAUUUGCUUAUUCUCUACUAAGAGUUUUUACCUUUUUAAUUUCUAAAGGCUACAUGACCCUAAUGAAUUAAAUGACUUAACAACCAUUGUACAUAUGGUAUUGUGCAAAACUCAUUUUCAUGCAUUUCAAUUGCUAGUGUUAUAUAUAAAUGACAGAUUUUUGUCUAGACACCAUUUCUGUUUAUGAAAUAAAGAAACAUAUCAUGUA